AUGUCAAACAUUGCAGCGGUGGGCGCGGCAGCUGCAGCGCGAGCAGAGACGACUGUUGAGUUGGAAGAUGUUGGACCCAGCGAUACGGUCAGGCAGAUCGAGUCGCAAGUCUCCGGGCCAUCGGUUUUUGAGGCUCCCAAUGGAGGUUACGGGUGGGUGUGCGCACUGAGCGUCUUUCUCAUCAAUGCCCAUACCUGGGGAGUCAAUGCUGCCGUUAUUCUGGCCUGGUAUUCCGCCCAUGACAAGUUUCCAGGCGCAAUUCAGCUGGAGUUUUCCCUGAUUGGUGGCCUGUCCAUUUCCCAAGCACUUCUCGUAUCUCCCAUUGUAACCAAGUGCUAUCACCGCUAUGGCCUGCGGACCAAUCUCCUCAUUGGCGCAGUGCUCGAGUUCAUUGCCUUGAUUACAACCUCGUACGCCACUCAGAUCUGGCAUCUUUUUCUCAGCCAGGGUAUCUGCUUUGGGUGGGGCAUGGGAUUCCUGUAUAUAACCGCCACGUCGGCCUUGCCGCCGUGGUUUUCGACCAAACGAAGCUUGGCUGUUGGCCUGUCUACUGCCGGCGCCGGCGGAGGCGGAGUCGUGUACAGUCUGGCAACCAAUGCCGCUAUACAGAGCGUCGGGAUAGAAUGGACAUACCGCAUUCUCGGAUUAUGCACGCUUGUGGCCAACAUUGGCACGUCCUUUACAAUGAAGGAUGUCCCUCAUGGAGUGCACCACCACAGCCGACAAGGUCCCAUGUUUCGGAUUCGCGACUUCACCCGUGUCGAAGUCCUCCUCGUCGUGUUCUGGGGGCUGGUUACCGAAUUCGGCUACAUCACUUUGCUCUACUCGCUGCCCAGUUACGCAACUUCCAUUGGGCUGACAUCUACUCAAGGCUCUGUCGCCAACGCCAUGCUCAAUCUUGGACUGGCUCUCGGUAGACCAUUGAUUGGGUACUUUAGCGAUCGUCUCGGCCGUAUAAACAUGGCAAUGUACAUGACAGCCCUAUGCGGUAUUUUUUGCUUCACCUUGUGGAUUCCCGCAAAGGGAUUCGCUCUGCUGUCCAUCUUUGCGCUCCUGGCGGGAGGCAUCUGUGGCAUCUUCUGGGCAACCGUGACACCAAUCCUUGCCGAGGUCGUGGGUGUUAGCAAGCUUGCGCCCAUCUUUGCCGUGACCUGUGUCCUAAUGGUGCUCCCGACCACGUUUGCCGAAGGAGUGGCCAUGCAGAUUGUCGGCUCACAGAAGACGGCGGACAACGCAUUUCUCGCCGCGCAGAUAUUUGUUGGCUGCACCUUUAUGGCCGGCUCGCUGAGUUUGGUGUUGCUGCGAUCUUGGAAAAUUGCGGAUCUGGAGUCUGAGGCUUCGUUUGCAGCCUCGGACUUGUCGCGAAGCAUUGUUCGACUCGCGGAAUCUGGACGUCGCGCUGACCUGUCAUGGCUUAGCCCAAAAACCAUUCUCAAGCUCAAGAGGGUGUGA